UAACAGAAAUGUGGAAAAAAUGAAUAAAGUAGAUUUGCCAAAUACUAGUCUGCAGAACAAAUAUCCACAGUGGAUGCUUACUCAAAGCCAAGCGGAAGUUUUGAGUGAUAAAAAGAAGUCUGCUUUUCAGAGGAGUGUUUUGGAAGAUGGGCUGCCAUUCCUAGAGUUCCGUGGCUCUGUUGUGUACAGCUAUGAAGUCAGUGACUGUUCCCUCCUUUCAGAAGAUAUCAGGCAGAGUUUAUCAGAUGGGUCUGCUGUUGGAUUUGAUAUUGAAUGGCCACCAUCAUAUACUAAAGGAAAAAUGGCCAAAAUAGCAGUAAUCCAGAUAUGUAUAUCUGAGGAGAAGUGUUACUUGUUCCACAUCUCUUCCAUGUCAGGUUUUCCCAAGGGACUCAAAAGACUGCUCGAAGAUGAAACAAUUAAAAAGGUUGGCGUAGGAGUUGAGGGAGAUCAGUGGAAGCUGAUGAGUGACUUUGAAAUCAAACUGAAGAGCUUUGUGGAGCUGGCUGACGUUGCUAAUGAGAAGCUGAGGUGUAAGGAGAUCUGGAGUCUAAAUGGCCUGGUAAAACACCUUUUUGGCAAGCAACUUUUGAAGGAUAAGUCUGUUCGCUGUAGUAACUGGAAAGAGUUUCCACUCAACGAGGAGCAAAAAUUGUACGCAGCCACAGAUGCCUAUGCUGGUUUUAUCAUUUAUGAAAAACUGAAAAAUAUGAAUAACAGUGACCAGAAAGUACUUUGUGGAAGAAGAGAUGACAUGGGUGUGAAGGAGCACUUGACUUCACUAGCUGCCGAAAUAACAGACCUGGCUUCUUGCAUCCCUGACUCUUCUGGGCAACUUGAAAAUGUGCAGAGGGCUGCAGAAAUAAUAGCUGACAUAUCGGAGAAUGUAACUGCCCUAAGAAGCAUGCUGUUUGGUUCAGGUUGUCCUUCUGUACUGAAGAAGAGCUCUGGCAGAAGCCCAGUAAAUCUUGAAGCGGAGUCAGCAAAUGUUGAAGCACACAAAGUUGAAAUGCUUGAAUUAGCUAAACAACUUGAAGGUGACUUCAGCAUCUGCUCUGAUGCUACCCUAGCUGGCUUCUGGGAGGAACAUCUUGAAGAGGCAGAGAGAGGCGGCGCUGUAGAAGAUGGGGCUGCAGCAGCCAGCUCUAAGGACAAAGUGUACAGAGAGGACUUCAUAUCACUAGACAUUACUGAGCAGGAACUUCAGGUCUUGGAAUGUCAGGCUGCAGAAGAAUUUGCCAAGGAAGCUGCAGCUGAGGAGGUGUGCUCCACAGACAAUGAGCAAAAUAUUUCCUGUGUCAUUGAAAGUGAUGAAGAACUGGAAAUGGAGAUGCUUAAAUCAUUAGAAGAUGUAGAUGAUGCUGAAGGAGCUUUAAGUGGAAGAGAGUCCAAUAAACCUGGGAGAAGUCCUGAAACAGAGUUGAACAUUUCACUAGAUGGUGAUGGUGAUGAAGAUGAAGGUGUUGAGGAACAAGAGGAGGAAUGUUCGGAUCCAUUGCUGCCACUACCUAGUGAAAGACACAUCACCUGUCUGAAGACAUAUUUUGGACAUUCUUCUUUUAAGCCGGUCCAAUGGAAAGUGAUCAAUUCUCUUCUAGAAGACAGAAGAGAUAAUCUUGUUGUCAUGGCAACUGGCUAUGGAAAAAGCUUGUGCUACCAGUUUCCUCCUGUUUACACUGAACUUGUGGGAAUUGUCAUCUGCCCUCUUAUCUCCUUGAUGGAGGACCAGGUGCUGCAGUUGAUCAUGUCAGGUAUUCCAGCUUGCUUACUUGGUUCAGCUCAGUCAAAAAACAUCAAAGAAUGCAUCAAAGGGGGGCAGUACAGAGUCAUAUAUAUGACUCCAGAGUUUUGUUCAGGGAACUUGGACUUACUUCAGGAGCUUGAUCAAACUAUUGGUAUUACCCUUAUAGCUGUUGAUGAAGCGCAUUGCAUUUCUGAGUGGGGCCAUGACUUCAGAAAUUCCUUUAGAACUUUAGGCUCGUUAAAGAAGGCUCUGCCAUUGGUUCCCAUUGUUGCUUUAACUGCAACCGCAAGUCCAUCGAUUAGGGAGGACAUAGUGAAUUGUCUGAAACUGAAGAAUCCCCAGGUCACAUGUACCAGUUUUGACAGACCUAAUCUGUACUUGGAAGUUGGACAACAAAGUGGAAAUAUUCUUAGGGAUUUGAAGCAGUUCCUUAUUAGGAAAGGAAGCAGUUCUGCAUACGAGUUUGAAGGGCCUACUAUCAUCUACUGCCCUUCCAGAAAGGCCACCGAACAGGUUGUGUCUGAAUUGAUGAAACUCAGUGUGGCCUGUUGUGCAUACCAUGCUGGUAUGGGAAUCAAGCAAAGGAGAGAGGUCCAUCACCAGUUCAUGAGGGAUGAAAUUCAGUGUGUUGUAGCCACAGUGGCAUUUGGAAUGGGCAUCAAUAAAGCAGAUAUCCGGAUGGUUAUUCAUUAUGGUGCCCCUAAGGAAAUGGAAUCCUAUUACCAAGAAAUUGGGAGAGCUGGUCGUGAUGGGCUUCCUGCUGCUUGUCAUGUCUUGUGGACUGCAUCAGACUUGGCUUUCAACAGACAUCUUCUGAGCGAGAUACGCAAUGAAGAUUUCCGUUUGUACAAACUGAAGAUGUUGGGAAAAAUAGGGAAGUAUCUGGUGUCAAAUAGCUGCAGGAGGAAAAUUAUUCUGUCUCAUUUUGAAGACAAACAACUCCGAAAGGUUUCUUCUGGCAUCAUGGGUACAGGAGAUUGCUGUGAUAACUGCAGGUCCAGGGUGUCUUGUUUUGCAGUUCCCGGUGAAUUUGAAGGUGGUUUACAGGACUUUGGGAAGCAAGCAUAUCAGCUGCUGUCUGCAGUGAGCACUCUGGAGGAGAAGUUUGGAACUAAAGUUCCCAUCCUGUUUCUUCGAGGGUCUAGUUCUCAACGCUUGCCAAACAGAUACCGAAGACACCCUCUCUUUGGUAGUGGAAAAGAGUGGCCAGAGAACUGGUGGAAAUCACUCUGCCAACAGCUGAUAAUGGAAGGGUUCCUCAAAGAAGUCUCUAAGCAUAACAUCUUUGCAACCACAUGCGUGCUUACCCAGAAGGGUAGAAAUUGGCUGUUAAAAGCUGAAUCUGACUCAAAUCCAAGUCUUCUACUACACUCCAGUGAAGACCUUAACCUUCAGAGACCACCUAGAAGCAGCAGACCUUUACCUGUGCCCUUAAUGCAGCGCUCACCAGUUAAGAAAGGAGCAGGACAGUCUCCAGUGAAGCAGAUGUCUCUGUAUGAGAUGUUUUCAUACGAGAGAAAAGGCGAAACUCUUCCAGGAAGCGAUAACAUGCUUAACAGUGUUGCAAAGUGCUCGUUGUUCAGAUCUCCUUUGAAGACUUCAGAACCUGCUGUUUCAUCCCAAGAAAAAGAACUAGAGACUGCUCUCUAUGGCAAAUUGCUGACUGCUAGACAGAAGGUAGCUAAUGAGAAAGUAAUUCCUCCAGCUGUCUUGGCAACCAAUAAGAUCCUGGUGGAGAUGGCCCGAAUAAGGCCUACGACUGUUGAGAAUGUGAAGAGAAUUGAUGGUGUAUCUGCAGCAAAAUCCACCAUGUUGAUUCCUCUUCUGGCUGAAAUUAAGGAUUUCUGCCAAGUAAAUGGCUUACAGACUGACGCAUUCUCUCCAUCUGGAUCUAAAGAUCAGAAAAAAGCAUCUCCAUGGAACCACACUGGAGCCCUCUCUCCCUCGGAGCAUGUUACAUAUGUCCUGUUCCAAGAAAAAAAUCUCUCUGUGAGGACUAUCAGUGAGAGCAGAUCUCUACCUCUUUCUGAGGUUGGCACUCACCUGUUCCAGGCACUGAAAGCUGGCUACCCUGUCAACCUGGAGCGAGCAGGUUUGACUCCUGAAGUUCACCAGAUGAUUUCUGAUGUUAUUCGUAACCCUCCCAUUGAGUCAGACACCACUAAAAUUCAAGCAAUCAGAAAACUUGUUCCUGCAAAUAUUGAACUGUAUCUCAUCAGGAUGACUAUUGCGUUAUUGGAGAAAGGGGACAGAAAUAAGUCUUGGGAUGGGUCAGGCUUCAAAAGGAUGUUGGUGUGGUCAGAAGAGCAGGAGGAAAAAACAGGAGCAAAUCAAGAGAACAGGGAAGAUGCCAUGUGGAGUAAAACAAAGGGCAAUUCAAUCAAUCUGACACUGAGGGAAAGAGCAGAGAAAACCCAUCUGCAAGUGGUGCCUUUGGCUUUGGCUGUACAGAGUGUGGAUGGUGGCCAGCCAGGUAGUGGAGGAGCAGCAGGAGGCUGCCCAAAGCCCAUUACGCCAGUUUCCCCUAAUGAGCCUGCCCUUGAUCCCAGUGAGGAGGAGCUGUUUGCAGACUCUGAGUCCAAGAGCUCACAUCCCCCUUUCAAGAGGAAGGUGCCAGACUGGUUUCAGAUCAGCAGCGACAGUUCUACCUGUCAUCCAGACCAAGAAACACAUAAAAGACACCAGAAAAGGGAUUUUUAGUUGAACAGAGAAAUGAAGAUGGAUGUUUUGCUGUUACUAAGAGUACUUUCUUUAUGA